UUAUUUUAUCAAACAGUGAGGCGUUAGAAACAUCUAGAUCACGUUCAAAUCAAAAUCGCAGUCAAUUCAAAAUGUUUCAUCCCCUUGUGACUUCUGAGUCUCUCUAAGAACUUAAAAAACAAAAAACAAAAAAACAGAACAGAGAAGACAUUCUGAAUUCUUCUUGUCCCAAUACUAUUGCAAACAGCUUCAAUCCAAUUUCCCAAAACCUCUUGGAAAAUUCUGCGAACCCACCAAACAAACAAGAACACCAAGAAAGACAAAACACAGGCAAGACAAAUCAAAACCCUUUUUCCCCAAACGAAUCAACCAUUCCCAUAUAUACAUAAACCCAAACACAGAGGCAGAGCAUACCCCAUCAAAGAGAAAGAGCUUGAGGAACAAGUAGAACACAACGAAAGAUGAUUUCCUCUGUUUCCAUAUUUACUUCUCUCGCACCAUACAUGAUACUCUCAGCAUUACUUCUCUUCCUUCUUCUCGAGCAACUCUCUUACCUUGUCAAGAAACGUCACCUCCCUGGCCCUCUCUUUGUCCCUCCGAUCAUCGGAAACGCCGUUGCACUCGUCCGUGACCCAACUUCCUUCUGGUACAAGCAAUCCGCCACAGCUGGAAACUCCGUUGGCCUCUCCGUCAACUACAUCAUCGGAAAAUUCAUCGUCUACAUCAGAGACACAGAGCUUUCCCAUCAAAUCUUCUCCAACGUUCGUCCCGACGCGUUCCAUCUCGUCGGACAUCCUUUCGGCAAGAAGCUCUUCGGUGAUCACAAUCUCAUCUACAUGUUCGGCGACGAUCACAAAUCCGUUCGCCGUCAGAUUGCCCCCAAUUUCACACCCAAAGCACUCUCCACUUACACUUCUCUCCAGCAAUUAGUUAUCCUCCGUCAUCUACGGCGGUGGGAGGAAACUUCCUCCGCCGGAUCUCGUCCCGUGUCACUAAGACACCUCGUCCGUGAGCUCAACCUCGAGACAUCUCAGACGGUUUUCGUCGGACCCUACCUUGACAAAGAAGCAAGAAACAAGUUCCGUACGGAUUACAAUCUCUUCAAUCUCGGAUCUAUGUCGCUCCCGAUCGACCUUCCAGGUUUCGCGUUCGGCGAGGCUCGUCGUGCCGUGACGAGGCUGACGGAGACGCUCGCCGUCUGCGCCGGAAAAUCGAAAUCGAGGAUGGCGGCAGGGGAGGAGCCGACGUGUCUAAUCGAUUUCUGGAUGCAAGCGAUUGUCGCUGAGAUCGAAUCCGGGAAUCCGCCGCCGCCGCACUCCGACGACGACGAGAUCGGCGGUUUCCUUUUCGAUUUUCUGUUCGCCGCGCAGGAUGCGUCCACGUCAUCGCUUCUAUGGGCGGUGGCGAUGCUUGAUUCGGAGCCGGAGGUGUUAAACAGAGUUAGGGAGGAAGUCGGAAGGAUAUGGUCGCCUGAGUCCGACGAGUUGAUCACCGUCGAUCAGCUCGCGGAGAUGGAGUACACGCGCUCCGUGGCGCUUGAGGUCGUGAGAUUCCGGCCGCCGGCGACGAUGGUGCCACACGUCGCUGCUACAGAUUUCCAUCUAUCGAAAUCAUAUACGAUCCCGAAAGGUACAAUUGUGUUUCCCUCGGUUUUUGACUCCUCGUUCCAAGGGUUUACUAAACCGGACCGGUUUGAUCCGGAUCGGUUUAGCGAGACCAGGAAAGAGGAUCAGGUGUUCAAGCGCAACUUCUUGGCUUUUGGGUGGGGUCCGCACCAGUGCGUGGGCCAGCGUUACGCGAUGAACCACCUCGUGCUCUUCAUCGCCAUGUUUUCUACCCUGUUGGAUUUCAAGAGGUUUCGAUCGGACGGCUGUGAUGAGAUCGUUUACUGCCCCACGAUAUCUCCUAAGGACGGGUGCACGGUUUUCUUAUCUAGGCGCGUCGCAGCGUAUCCUGCACUUUCCUUGAAAUGAUUGGGAUUUUUUUUUCAAAAAAUUUAUGAGUUAAUUUGCUAGAAAAUCCUAAUACUACUGUUCAAAAUUGACAAAAUAGGAAAAAUAGUGAAUUGGUGUGACAUUGGUCCUACACUGUCGAGAGUGUUAUUACCCCUUACCCCUUUCUUCUUUUGU